AUGUGGGAGGCGACGCUGAAGCCCGACGUCAUCAGCUACAGCGCUGCGAUCAGCGCUUGCGAGAAGCGCGAUCAGUGGCAGCAUGCUCUGGCGCUGCUCGGCGAGAUGCGGGUGGCGAAGCUGGAGCCCGACUCAGCUACAACGCUGGGAUCAGCGCGUGCGAGACGGGCGAGCAGUGGCAGCGGGCUUUGGCGCUGCUUCGCGAGAUGCGGGAGGCGAAGCUGGAGCAAGACGUCAUCCACCUACAGCGCUGGGAUCAGCGCGUGCGAGAAGGGCGAGCAGUGGCAGCGGGCUUUGACGCUGCUGAGAGAGAUGUGUGAGGCGAAAGUGGAGUCCAACGUUAUCAGCUACGGCGCCGGGAUCACUGCAUGCGAGAAAGGAAGGCAGUGGCAGCACGCAGUGUCGCUGCUCCACGAUAUGUGGAAUGCGAUGCUGGGGACCCGUGCGAUCAGCUACAAUGCUGGGAUCGGUGCUGUGCCAGCACACUACGCGGCCAUCCGUGUGUGUGAGGUCAGCGGUCAGUGGGCCAAGGCACUGGACCUGCUGGAGUCGAUGCUGGGAGCCCGCGUAGACACCGCCGCUGCCAAAAACCCAGACGCUGGCAGGUAUCUGCACGUCUUCCAAGCAGGUGGCCCAAUGGACGUUUUCAAGCACGUCAUUCUCGUGGCACUGCUGCAGCAGAUGACGUCGGACGUGGAUCCCUUCACCUUCAUUGACACGCAUGCCGGUGCCGGGGUCUAUGACUUGAAUUCCGAGGAGUCGCUCCGACGCCGGAGGUUUGAGGAGGGAGUGCUCCGACUGUCGCGCGCUGCGGACUCCUGUGGCAGGGGUCUGGUUGCAGACUAUCUAGACGCGGUGCGGAGUUGCAAUCAGGCGUUGGGCGCCCCUCAACGCGCCAUGGGCAUCUACCCGGGGUCGCCCGCGCUGGCGUGGCAGUGGUUGCGACCACAAGACUCUGCCGUGUUCUUCGAGGCCGCCGCCGAGCCAUAUGAGUCCCUGAGGCGUAGUGUUGCCCUGCUGGGCCGAGAUGCAGAUCGCCGCCCUGUGCUACUGCGGGACGACUCCUACCUGCGCAUCGCCCUUGGGCAUUUGCCCUGGCCCAGCGGGCGACAGCUGGUCCUGAUCGACCCGCCAUACGACUCCGUCCAGUCCCAUGCGACGUGGAAUGUGUACAUCAUCAGGCGCCUGCUCCAGAGGUCACCCUCCACUUGCGUGGCCCUGUGGUACCCGCUGGUGGACGAGGAGCAGGUCGCGAGCCUGCACGGCCAGGUCCGGAGCCUUGCAGGGCGCAGCGUGUUGGUGGCCGAGAUGCGGCUCGAGAAUUCGCUUCCGGGUGGAUCGGCCCUGCAGGGAUCGGGGAUGUUGAUCGUGAACCCGCCCCCCGCCGUCCACGCCCAGCUUCUUGCCGCGCUGCCUGGGCUCGGCCGGGCGCUGCGAGCUCCGGACUACCGCGUGCUGUGGCUGUGA